CUUGGCUUUUUCUUUGGGUUUUGGUCUGCAGGGCUGGGGAAAUGGAAGGAGCCGCAGUGGCUGCGUCUGCUGCUAUUCAUCUGCCAGCGAUUCUGGGAGGGUGGACGAUUCGCUCAGGCUUUUUCCCUUCCCUUCCCUUCUUCCACUCCCUUUUUAGUAGCAGUAGGAGAACCCUUCUCUGCUAACGCUAUGCCUAGUCUUCAUUCAUAAAUUAAAGCAGCAAGUCUACACCGGAUCCUUCCAGUAGCCUUCCAUCUCUUCUAUUCUGGAAAGCGAGCGAUCAGGUCUCGUUAUCUAUUUCUUUUGUUUCUCCAUCUCAUCUCUAUUUGGGGAAGGAAGGAAAGGAGGGAGGAAGGAUGGAAGAUCUGUACAGUAUCCAUCCGGUAAUCUCGCGGGGUGGAGAGGUAGCGGCGGUCGGAUCGGCGUCCAGCUUCGCCUACUUAGAGGCCGACCGAUCGCAGGGCGGCGAAACCGCCGAAGCCUCGGAUAUCUCGGCCGGCGGCGGCGGCGGCGGAUCGGAUCUCACCGAUCUGAUCAAGGCCCAAAUCGCCAACCAUCCUCGCUACCCUUCUCUCGUGGCAGCCUACAUCGAAUGCAGAAAGGUGGGGGCGCCGCCGGAGAUGGCAUCGCUGUUGGAAGAGAUAGGGCGGGAGAGGUACACGAGCGCGGGAUGCGGGGAGAUCGGAGCGGAUCCGGAGCUGGACGAGUUCAUGGAAUCCUACUGCCGGGUUCUGCAGCGGUACAAGGAGGAGCUUUCAAAGCCGUUCAACGAGGCAGCGUCGUUCCUCAACAGCAUCGAGAUGCAGCUGAGCAACCUGUGCAAAGGACGAACCACCUCCUCCUCCACCACCGCCGCCACCGGCAACUCGCCUUCCGAUGAAGUGGUUGGGUCCUCUGAAGAGGAGCUUAGCUGUGGUGAUGUGGAUGCAUCAGAAUGCCAGGAAUCUGGUUCGCGCCUCGCUGACCAUGAACUGAAGGAAAUGCUUCUUAAGAAGUACAGUGGCUACCUGAGCAAUCUCAGAAAGGAAUUCUUGAAGAAGAGGAAGAAGGGAAAGCUACCCAAGGAUGCAAGGUUGACACUGCUUGAUUGGUGGCAUACCCAUUACAGGUGGCCCUAUCCCACGGAAGAGGAGAAGGCUAAGCUAGCUGAGAUGACAGGGCUUGACCAGAAGCAAAUUAACAAUUGGUUCAUAAACCAGAGGAAGAGGCACUGGAAGCCCUCGGAGGAUAUGCGGUUCGCCCUCAUGGAGGGUGUCAGCGGUGGAUCCAGCGGAACCAUGCUGUACUUCGAUACAGGCACUGUUGGUCCGUGAUGGACAAAUGGUAAGCACCAUCUUUUCUGCCAACCAUGAUGCUUUGUUUUUGGAUAAUUAAUCUCUCAUUUUGAUGCUCAUGUGAAUAUGGUGUUCGAUCGACCGUAUCUAGUUAUGUCAUUGUCGACAAAUAGGGUAUCAUGGUUUUGGUUUGGUCGUCAACUUGAUGAGCCAGACUUUGGUUUGUAUCUGUUUGAUUAUGGUUCAUCUUGGUAAUGACUUCAUCAUAUGUAUUGCACUUGGUUGUUUGCCAUCUCCUAAUGGCUGGGAGUAGAUUAAAUUCUUCUUGUGUUCAUGGGCAAGAAAAACUCGGUUGAGUCUCUCUCCGAACUGAUGAACUGUGUAGUUGAUAACUGUGAUUUUAGUGUAUGUUUUAGCCUA